GAAUCACUUUUAUGAAGUUUAGAAAUACCAGGUUUUUAUAUUUUCGCCGGGAGGCUGAGCUCUCGGUGGCUAACUAGCUGCUUGUCUAAAACUACACUAUCUCUUAAGAACGCAGCACGUGCAAGGCCUUAUUAGCAUCCCUUACACUGUAAUGGACAGUUUAAUGAACAGUGAUUGAAAAACUAGAUUGUUAUCCAUCUUAUAACUCAAAGUGAGGUGGGAAACAACAAGUGUGUAAAGUUUCAUACUGAUAAUAAGAAUGUGUUGUUAUUAUUAGCAGGUAUACAAGUUAGCAGGAAGUCUCAUAUUUCAAAGCUUCAGCUGAAUUUACUUUACUGUUCACUUUAACUUUGGCUUAAAUUGGUCGCGACACAGUUAUAGCUAACGUAUUACUAUAGGUUUUACUUUUUAAAGUGCGUUUCUGUCCUCCGCCUCAUUGAUUCUGCUUGUGCUCUGUGUGAUCUGGGAGGUCAGAGCCUUACAGGAAAUGUAUGCCCUCUGCCCUGGUCACAAGAUAGGCCCUGACAGCUGAACCACUGCCAAGUGUAGCCAGAUUUGGCUGCCACUGGCUUGUGUGUGAUUGUGUGUGUGUGUGUGUGUGUGUGUGUGUGUGUGUGUGUGUGUGUGUGUGUGUGCGUGCUGAAGAUAUACUGAUGACUGCCCUUCAGUUACAGAGUUGUAUGGAUCUUGUAGAACAGGUGGAUGGAAGAUCAUAUGGUACAAUGAGCAGCCUGGUUUGCUGAGUGAAUAGUUAAAUGACUUCCAGUUGACUCUGUUACUAUAUGACAAGUUUAAAGUUGCUUUUACAUGUACUGCAUGAAUAUCAUGUUAUGAUGUGUUUAUAUGUAAAGGACUAGGAGCUGACACAUGGAUCCAUGUAUUUUGCAGGGUUAUCUCCUGCUUCAGUUCUGAUGCACCAUUCAAUAUACUUUAACCUUUGUUCCUCAUCAAUACAACACCUAAUAUGCACAUUCAGUACUCGCGCCAGUUGACGAAUACACAAUGUGUUAUACUGGAAAAAUGCCAGCUGGUCUGAUAAAUCCUGGUUCCUGCUGCACCACCAUGAUGUGUUUGAACUGUUUAAAAUCCAAUAACAUUUACACUGUGGAGGUUCUGAACACUGGUGGAGUUAUGUUAAUGAACUGGCCACCACAGUAGCCUGAGAUCAGUCCUAUUGAAGACCUGUGGUAUGAACUGGGCUGCAGGAUUCAUAGAAAGAAGUGUCCUGUAAACCACCAGCAGACAGGAUGGGUGACAUAGCACAAGAUGAGGCGAGCUUCUACUCAAACGCUGAGGACUACUGGAGGGAGGUUCCCCCCACAGUGGAGGGCAUGCUGGGAGGCUAUGGCAGCAUCUCCAGUAUCGACAUCAAUGGAUCCAAGGCGUUCCUGCGCAGGUUCCUCGGUGAAGGGGAGGGAAAGACAGGAGCGAGCUGCGCUCUGGACUGUGGAGCAGGCAUCGGGAGGAUCACCAAGCGCUUGCUGCUGCCUCUGUUCAACACGGUGGACCUGGUUGACGUGACACAGGAGUUCUUGGACAAAGCUAAGACUUACCUGGGUGAGGACAGCAAGAGAGUGGGGAACUACUUCUGCAAAGGCCUGCAGGACUUUCUACCAGAGAGUGGACGCUACGAUGUCAUCUGGAUCCAGUGGGUCAUUGGCCACCUGACAGACGACCACCUGGUGGAGUUCCUGCGACGCUGCCAGAAAGGCCUGCGGCCCAACGGCCUCAUCGUCAUCAAGGACAACGUGUCGUACGAGGGCGUGGUCCCCGAUGAGGUGGACAGCAGCGUCUGCCGCGACCUGAAAAUAGUUCACAGUCUUGUGAGCAGAGCGGGCCUUCGCAUCAUCCACGAGGAGCAACAGAUGAACUUCCCUAAGGAGAUCUACCAAGUGCACACACUCGCCCUCAGAUAGAAGACUGUUCCCCUCCUUCAUGGGACAGGAAGAGGGGCUGCAGAGAAUAUGGAAAUGGCGUUUCUCGAGUCUGAAAUCUAUUUAUGAUCUUUUUAGAAGUGGUCUGUCGUGUGAUGUGUUUUUGGAGCGUGUGUUUUGCUAAUUACAAGCAUCAGUGCCCUGCUCAGUGCGGAUUCAGGACCUCAGGGUACGGUCACGUUACGUUUCUGUCUUGAGAACAGUCGGUCCAUCUCCCAUUCAAGACGGACAAAUUCAAGCAUGUGCUUCCUGGUUUUGUGUGCAAUCUCCACCAGACUCAGAGGUCAGAGGUCAUUUUUGUUCAACUUUGGCUGUGUGGACGUGCACAGUCUGCAACAAGACGUGAUGAACUGUGUUUGGACUUAGAGAAAUCUUCAUUCUAGCGCUGGUGAUGAACUGCAGCAUCACUCUUACAGACCAUUUACAGUUUGUUCAGCAUUUAUUUAUUUCCCACAGUGGAACUGUGCAGGAGACAGAAGACUAAUGUGACCGUACCCAUACCCCCCCACCCCCCAACUCUCUGCUGGAUGUGGAACCUGUACCCGUGGUUCCAGCGUCCACUGUGAGCAGUCUGGUCUUCAGCAGACACAUUUCUGAUAUUAAAAGCAUUUUUUUAUUUAUUGCAUAAUGAAAACACACUUGCAGCUCGUUUAUGGUCAUUGUGGCAACAAAUACUGGUUUCAAUGACUGUGACACUACACACUAUUUUUCUUUUUGGUCUGUGUUUCCUGUGCAGUAUAUAUUAACAGAAGGAAACCAUGGCAGAGCUGACACGAUUACUUCAUUAUCAGCUAAAAAUAAAGAGGCAGUCGCAUCCAGUGGGCACUGGGAGUUAGAGCGAUGGCAGCAGAGGAUGGGGGGAGUACAUGCGGUUCAGUGGACUUUUUACCUCAGGGGGAGCUCAAGUGUAGUGUGUUUUCCUUUUCUCCAGUUCUGGGUUCAGACGUGUGCACUGGCUCAGUUACAUUACGUUUCUUUACAUUUAGAAAACAAACCCCCGCACUGUCUGAAAAUAUCAUGUUCAUAUUCUGUAUCUGUUUGUUCUGACAAACCCAGGGAGCCGUUUGUUUCAUGGAGUUAUGAAAUGGAAAUAUUCAAAAUUCUUUUACAUCUUUUUUUUUUUUUUUAAUACAUUUCACCUCAAAUUGUAGCCUGACAUUUGUCAACUCUUAUCACAACAGGAGUGUGAAGCAUGUGUCAGACACACAUGCUUUUUCUAACAUAUGAGGACACAGACAUGUCAACUGCAUUUCUGUAUCUGUGCUUUGUUGAUCCAUUAUGAAUUUCCAUUUAGAGAGGACGCGCACAGUUGUGGAUGAUGUCAGAAGAUGCCCCUCCAAAAUAAAAGGCUUCUCUGGAGGAGGUGAUUUGUGACAUGUAAGUAUGUCUAUUGCAGAAAUAUUGGCUCUGUAUAUGUGAUGUUUCCUCUUUAAAUGCUCUGUGACUUUUUAUCUUUGCUACUGUUUAAACAAAGUUUUCAUCC